CUUCUCCGCAAGGGUGGUCAGGCACUGGAAUGGUUUAAUGGGAACUACUGGUGGUGGGUGGAUGGUUGGGCUGGGUGAUCCUGUGGGUCUUUUCCAACCUUGGUGAUUCUAUGAUUCUAUCAUUUCCCCACCAAACCAACCGUGUCCCUUAGCACAACAUCUAGACAAAGUCUGUCUCACUGCUCCUGCAGCCAGAGGGCUCAGAUGCACGUGUUCCUGCCCGAUUCCCUCCCGCUUUUCUAAGUGGCAUGAAGGAAUUUGAGCAUAGGUUUGAAGACUCAAAACAAAAUCAUCAAUUUUGGUCUAUUUAUGGCUCCUUUUUCAUGUCACGUUUGCAGCUCCGUUACCCGCAGGGUUUCACGUGGGUUGCAUGGGCUUGCCACCAGAUCUUCAACUCAAAAAUCUGAUCGUGUCUCUGACCUCUCUUACCAGAGAGAAAUGGUCUCUUAGAAUUGGGAUCUGGGAGGCGUCUGCUUCCUUGGUUUAUGAUGAAAGCGCAGAAGUGCUGCGGAUCCGUGCUGAGGUCACAAUCGUUCUUGGGUGGGAGGGUUUGGCGCUCAGCUGGGGAGCAGAGCUGGUGCUCUGGUGAGCGUGCUGCACGCAGAGACUGAGCUCUGAGCGUUCCUUGCAAGGGAUCAUCCUUUGAGAGCCCGUCAGAAGCACCGCUGUGGCGUGUGUGACCUGGGCACAGCCUGGAGUGAGCGGGCCAAAGAGGGUCCCGGUCGGAAAGGCGAUUUUGCGGAUCCAAGCAGUCCAAGAAGGAGGGCGUCCGGCUCUUUCCAAGAGCAGGGAACUCCUCUGAAGCCGAGCUUGCUCUGAGAAUUUCAUCAUGUCUCAGCGAGGAGUCGACUGCUACUUCUAUUUCUACUCCACCUGCACGAAGGGAGACAGCUGUCCCUUCCGCCACUGUGAAGCGGCUCUGGGGAGCGAACAAGUGUGCCGGCUGUGGGUGGAGGGUCGCUGUUCCAGUGGCAACUGCAAGUUCAGGCACAUGAGAAUUGAUAAGAAGCGCAGUGAGAUUCCGUGCUAUUGGGAGGAUCAACCAGGAGGCUGUCAGAAAGCCCACUGCGCCUUUCUCCACUUGAAGGAACGCGGUGGGAACGGACUGGCCGUACCACCAAGCCAAAAAGCUGACGCCAGUGGCCUUCCUCCGAAGAGCGGCCUUGCAGGAAGUCUGGGCAAGAAGCCUGGGAAGGCACCAAAGAGAGUUGACAUCCCAACUUCCUCCCAUGGCCCGGCUGGAAAAAAACGCAAGCGAUCUGAGGAGGAGGAGGGAAAAGUAAAAGAAUUGCCCUGCAAGAAACGAGUCAAGGGUGGACGCAAGGAGGCCGUGAAGCCUAUUGAUUGGAAAACCACCUUCCCCCCCAAGCAGAAACGGAAACGAAAAGCAGCAGAGAUGCAUCCAUCUGCUGCUGAGGACACAGAUGAGCCCCCAGCUAAAAAACUACCUACGGCCAUCGUUCCAGCCCUGCCCGGGGACAGCCUGGUGACCAUUCCUGCAGUCGAAACACCUCCAAGCAGCCUGGAACUGCUUCCAGGAAGCCAGGCGGACUCCGUGGCACAGUCGGAGGUCUCAAGUGCACCAUCCUAUUCCUCACAAGACGCAGCUGAGACACAGCAGCUGAGCUGCGCAGAGGCGGGGGAAGCACUCGUCUCUGAAGAGGACGAUCUCGAGCAGUUCAUGAUGGAGAUCACAGGAGAACUGGAAGGAGAAAUUGAGGUGGACGCUGAGAAGGAUGUGGACGAGCUCCUUCUGGAACUGUCUGACAUCAUUGACAGUGUAACACCAUAGACUGAUUGUCUAUUUUACAACCAACAGCAACAACCACCAAUUAAAACCAACCCUGUUCCUUUUCAA